CUAACCAAACGAUGCUCCUUAGGAUUAUCACAACCAUCAACGAUCUUCAUCAGCGAUGAAUUGUUUUUCAUAAUGUGUUUUUACCAUGAAUGACCAACUCUGGUCUCCGAUAUUCGUCGAAUGUGUUUGUGGUGUCUUACUGGAAUGAAUGUGUUUACACCAUCACAUCAGAAUCAGUGUUUCACUGACCAUCGAACACAUCGCACGCAUUAACGAAAGCGGCUUCGUUGAACUCAGUUACAAGAAUGAAUAGUAACGCUUUCGUUUGCAUUAUUCUUUGUUUGCCAUUAUUAGUGAAACUGUCCGCUGCUCAGAGUAAGAAGUUUGUCUGCAGCUACUCUCCAACAAAAGCUACCCAGAUCGGUUACCAGCCUGAUUACAUUCCGUUGGAGAUUUGUCCGUAUGUGAUCUUCAAAGCGUUCAGCUUCCCAACCAUCGUUGGGCGGCAGAUGCUGUUCAAUGACAACGACAAGAUAGCCUUUAGCCGUGUGGUUUCAAGUGUGCGAAAACGUUCCAAUACAGCUCGCGUUGUAGCAUCCAUCGAUGGAUCCGCUCGAGACUUUACCAGAACAUCCAGCGCGACCGUGCGCAGAAAAGCAUUCGCACAAGCCGCGGUCACGUUGCUGCUCGAGCUGGAUGCAGAUGGGAUUGAGCUGAACUGGAAGGAACCAGGCAGUACUCAUGCAGGACGUGGUAGUUCAAAUGAUCGCAUCACGAUGGUGCAACUUCUGCAAGAUCUUCAACAGGCGGUGAAGGCAGCCAGCAAAAGCAGAAAUCGUAACCGAGAACUAUGGUUCCGAGGUUCGCUGCAUACGAACGUGAUGGAGGAAGCGUACAACAUGUUCGAUUUGUGUGAGCUGGUCGAUCAUGUCACGCUGGAUCCCAGCACGACCGAUUAUUUGGCAAAUUCACACGCUCCGUUGUACGAUAGACCAAGUAUGUUAAAGACAGGAAAUGGCUAUAACACAACGACACAGUACUGGAUUGACGAGGGAUGCACGGCAAAGAAGCUAAUGCUUGGAAUCGGUUUACACGGCAUCAGCAGAGUCUACUCCCCCAGAUUAGUACGGUAUGUUAGCGGCAGAAUCAAUUUAUUAGACCAUGUUGGUACCCAUCUAGAGCAACGUGAGCUCUGCAAAACGAUACGGGCAGCAGGAUGGACCUAUGGAUGGGAUGAGUAUGGUGCCAUGCCAUACGUGACCAGAGCGCUACCGGAUGAAAAAGCAGAGCGCAUCAGCUACGAAGAUUUGAACUCGUUGCGACUGAAGAUGGAUAUGGUGGAGCAGAAACGAUUCGGCGGCAUUUACAUCGAUUAUGUGCACUCGGACGACAUCUAUGGUAGUUGUGGCCAACCGUACUCCCUGACGGCGUAUCUGUCGAGUCGGAUUCGCUCCAUUCCGUCUGAAAUUGGGUUUGCCAUCGAGUGGAACUGAUAAGUACCAACUUUUUGAGUCAAACGGAAAAAUGUGAAAUGGUUAAAGACUGAAUACGAGGAGCUUUUGAACAUUAUUGUUCUUGACCGGUCCGAAAUGGCUAACGCCGCCAGAUUGAGUUUUAUGCUCGCGAACACGGUACAAUGACGUCAAACGAUUUCUGCAACAAAACCUGUUCCAGCACCUCAGACACCCACAGUUGCGAUUUUAGAAACGCGCGAAACUAAAUAAAUAGCUCGAACAGGUUUAACGAACUCGUGUGCCGGUGUGUAUUUGACCAAAAGCCUUGAUGAUGUAUCAAGCCAAAAGUCAGAAGGCUCGCUUGGUUGUGUAGACAGUUAAGGCAAAGCAAAAUAUGAUUAUCAGGUUUUCAACGCCACUAUCGAUUUUCA